AUGUUACAGAGAGGUAGUAAUCAACGACAUUUCUGUGUCAGAAGAUGUAUUAACGUGUACUAUUUCUUCUUUAGAACCGAAUGUCACGCCAGUACCAUCAAGUAUCUGAGAAAGACACGGCAAAUAGACCAACGUGAGAAGGACGCCAAGAUUGACAUGAUACUCUUCAACGACCAGUUAGAGGAUAUAUUCUGCUGUGAGGACAAGCCUGCAGAAGCUAAGGAAGCUGAUGUAGAAGCUGACCUGAACAAGGCGAGAUUUUUACGAGAAAAAAGACUCAAAUACAUUCAGACACUCCUUCCAAGCCCAUCUUGUAUCAAGCAUAUUGAGGUUAUCAGCCCGCAGUUUUAUGGUCUUGUGUUGACUAUACAUGGUUCAAGAAUGACUGAAAAUGGAACGAUCAUACACUAUCAGAAAGCAACUGCCACAAUCCCAUCUCAAGCAUCCAACAUGCCCCAAGUCGCUUAUUUUCUAUUGACCGUGAUGUCAUUGCAAAGAACAAUUGUCAUGAAUUUCAAGAAGUUGAUCGCCAUUUCCGAAGCUGGAUUACAAGAUUCAGUAAGAUACCUAGCCACUCCCUUUGACAGCAUCAACAACAAUAUCUUUUACCGUGACAAUUCGCCUGUGCCAUCAAGCAACUCAAAGAUCGAGCAAACAAGACGAGUCCUGGAGUUGAUUAGUAACAAGAUUAAAGAAAUUGGAUAUGCGGACGACAUCUUGACAUGCGAUAAUUGGGAAGAUAUUAUAUCUAAUGAUAAUUGA